CGAAUCUGCUGCGGCGGCCCAGGGGAGGUCCCUGAGCGGCUCCUCGCCAAGGAGACCGAGGUAGAAGGUCAAGUGGCGCUGGAAGGGGAGUGGGGCGCUCUCGGGACGUCACUGCUCCAUGUUCACGUGAUCUCUCCGGGCGGAAAGGAGGAACCUUGAAGCCCAGGAGACGCGCGCAACGGAUUGGUCCAGGACCUUGAGGGGGCGGGAUUGCGCCUGCGCCGUGGGACCCACCUACUUUCAGGAAUCUUCCAAAUUCCAUCCCAGCUAUUUGUUCCCGGUGCCAGCGAUGCUGCCUAAGCCUGGGAUCUAUCACUUUCCCUGGGAAGUCAGUGAUGGCCAAGUCCCCGAAGGAAGCACACUGAGGACAUUCGGCAGGUUGUGCCUCUACGACAUGACACGCUCCCUGGUGACCUUGACAGCACCACACGGGUCUGAUCGGUGCCAGCUGCUUGUCUGCACCAAGUUGGUGGAGCCUUUUGAGGCGCAUGUGGGCUUCCUGUACAUGGUUCUUGGGGAGUUGGAGCGCGAAGGGGAUGGAGGCUCUGUGGUGAAGGCCCGUCUGCUCACUUGUGUGGAGGGGAUGGAUGUGUCCUUGUUAGAAAAAGCCAUCUUGGAGCAGAGGAUCCUCUUGCAAAAGAGGCAGCAACCAAUAGGAGACAGCAGCACCUUGCAGGCCCCUCCCCCUGCUCCUCACCCUCUACAGACCUGAGACACACCUUCCAGUGACAUCCUUCGUCUGGAACCAGAGUGCAGGGGGCAAAUGCCCCUUUCCCAAACUCUGGACUGACCUGUAGACGACAGCCCACCCCAAGAUGGCCGUGGUGGCCUGUGCCCGUAAUCCCAAUGCUAGGGACUUAGAGUCAGGAGGAUUUGGAGUGUAAAGCCAAUCCCAGAUACAUGAGACCCUUCCUCUCUCUCAGAAA